AGCACCUCACCGGCAUUUCAGCGUCUCAGCGCAGAGAGGCGAAGGCCGCUUUGAGUUAUUUAUUUAUUUAUUGUGUACGUUUUAUUCCUCUGAUAACCAUGCUGUGCCUGUGCCUGUACGUGCCCGUCCCCAACUCCGACCCGGUCGAAGUGGAGUAUUUCGAGUCAAACGGAUUACCCUCCGAGCUGAAGUCGCUCUUCAAGCUGAGCGUCCUUCUGCCCUCACAGGAGUUCUCCACCUACCGAAAGUGGAGAAAGAAAAUGGCAAAAACCGAAGAACAAGACCUGAACGGGCAACUGGACUUUGAAGAAUUUGUUCACUACUUGCAGGACCACGAAAAAGAUCUGAAACUGGUCUUUAGAAGUCUGGAUAAGAAGAACGCUGGUAAAGCCAGUGCACAAGAGAUUGUGGAGUCACUGCGAGAGCUGGGUGUUCACAUGUCCCUUCAGCAAGCUGAAAGAGUGCUUAAAAGCAUGGACAAAAACGGAACCAUGACCAUCGACUGGAAUGAAUGGAAGAACUACCCCUCACAGCAGCCUACAGAGAGCAUUCCAGAAAUCAUCCUCUACUGGAAGCACUCCACAAUCUUUGAUGUGGGUGAGAACAUGAUGGUGCCAGAUGAAUUCACCACAGAGGAACACUUGACUGGGAUGUGGUGGAGGCACUUGGUGGCAGGUGGAGGUGCUGGAGCUGUAUCCCGGACAUGCACUGCCCCACUUGAUCGCCUCAAAGUGCUAAUGCAGGUGCAUGGUUCUCGUAGCAGCAACAUGUGUAUCAUGAGUGGGCUUACCCAGAUGAUCAAGGAGGGAGGCGUGAGGUCAUUGUGGAGAGGAAACGGCAUUAAUGUCCUCAAGAUAGCCCCUGAGUCUGCACUCAAGUUCAUGGCUUAUGAGCAGAUCAAACGUCUAAUGGGCAGUAGUAAUGAGACUUUGGGGAUCACAGAGCGCUUUGUGGCUGGCUCUCUGGCAGGGGUCAUUGCCCAGAGCACCAUCUACCCCAUGGAGGUUCUCAAAACCCGCCUAGCUUUGAGAAAGAGUGGGCAGUAUUCAGGCAUCUCGGACUGUGCCAGGCAGAUCCUGAAGAAGGAGGGUGUGGCAGCCUUUUACAAAGGCUAUCUACCGAACAUGUUAGGCAUUGUCCCUUAUGCUGGCAUUGAUUUGGCCGUUUAUGAGACUCUGAAGAACACCUGGUUGCAGCGGUAUGGUAAAGACAGUGCAGAUCCUGGUGUUUUUGUUCUUCUGGCUUGUGGUACAGUCUCCAGCACGUGUGGCCAGUUAGCCAGCUACCCCCUGGCUCUAGUACGAACACGCAUGCAAGCACAAGCUACAGUGGACGGCGCUCCACAGAUCACCAUGUCCAGGCUUUUCAAACAGAUUAUGAAGACUGAAGGUCCUUCAGGCCUCUACAGGGGCAUGACUCCUAACUUCAUGAAGGUCAUCCCUGCUGUAAGCAUCAGCUAUGUGGUGUACGAGCACAUUAAAUCCACACUGGGCGUACAGUCAAGAUAAAACGAAGGGACAAUUACUCAUGAUUAUUCCACAGCAUAGUGCCUUCACGAGGGGAAGAGGCUGCGAGCUGGAGUAGUUAGUGGGCAGAAAUCUCAGGGCUGUGAACCUGAGACUGAAGAAGCUCUCAUUCUGUGAAUGUGACAAGGGCUAAACGCUGUAUUGGCAGAAGGAAGACACCCAAGGUGGAUAAAACGAACUGUUAUGUUAUUUAAGAUGUUUUUGAUAAGUUUGAUAAACCUCUCAAGUUAAUGUUCAAAUCUGAAAUCAGGGACCAGGUUUUUGGCUGCUUGCUGAAUGAAAGAUAUUGCAGAGACAAUGGACUGAGUGCCUUUUACAAAGUACCACUGGAAUAAUGUAUCAUAAGUGUAUGUCAGUAUGGUUCAGAGCAAAGCAGACGGUUAUAUUCACUAUUAUGACCUUUUUUGCAGUAUAUUGUCCAAAGGACAGUGAGGGAUAAAGUAUGUCACACAGCACAACACAUCCUGUUGGUUUAUUUAUUGUUUUGCUCUUAAGUUAAUAUCAGGUGAAUUUAAUUUAUAUUGCGUGUAUUCCUAAUGCUGCUAAUUAAUGACUAAAGUAAUGUCUUAAUGUAUUUAUGUAUGUAGAUGAACCAUUUAUUUAUGUUUGUGGUUAAUUAUGCUAUUCAGAACCCAGAUUCAGAACAAGUCCAGUACGCUUGUUUUCAGCUUUCCCGUUUUUGGGUUUUAUUGGUAACUGGACACGGCUGUUAUGCAUUAGUCUUAGCUUUUGCAUAAGCUUAUGUGAUGUGCAAAGAACCACACCCCCCCCCCCCCCCCCCCACACCCCUCUCUCUUAAUUUCUGUCUUGGUGUGCCCUGUCAUGUAAGUUUGACUGGAAAAUAAUGCACUUUAAUUGCUUGUCACUUUUGAAUGAACGUGCUAAUGAAUGACAAUUCACUGAUCACUUGGUAUCGGGGUUCUAUGGACCAUUUUUGUUCAAAAACGCUCAGUAUUGCAUUAAUGGUGGGGUUCUGUGCAUGACAGUUGACCAGUAUUAAAAUGGCUUGCACAAAAUUAGCAUAGAACCCAGUAAGGUAGUUGAGAUUGCUUUGAAAGUUGAUUGGUUUGUUCUCACUUCUUGGAUAUGAACAUGAGGGGGAAUCAGCAUGUGCUUUAUUGGAGUAGCACCCACACUGAUUAAAGGCACUACAACAUGUUCAGUGGUUUUCUUUUUAUUUUUAUAAGGGUCUGAAGUUUAAUUCACUAAAUGGUUGUCUUUUUUUUUUUUUUGUAUUGCGCUUUUUUUUUUUUUUUUCUUCUUGUCCCCCAACUUUGUCCUUUCUCUACAUGCUGAGUACCAUCAUGAGUACCAUUCAGGACUUAAGGGUGACUUUUAAUAUAGUAACUAUGAGGCUAGGCAAACUUGCAUUUUAGAAUUCAGUGAGAAUGCCUGUUUAAAUACUUGAACAACCAAUAAAAUGUUUAUUUUCCAACCUGA